GUUUUAUCAAUCAAAGAAAUAUAACUGCACUUUACUUAUGCCAGUUGAAGGCUCUAAUGAGUUAUCAGAUGAGAGACCCUGGAAAACAAUGCCCACCCUACCCCUAGUAGAAUGAGACCAGUUAUGUUCUGCUGUUGUGGACUUAUCAUUUUCAGCCUGCAGGUAUAUGAGCCAUGAAUCUGAAUAGCAGUGGUGAACAGCUGCUUAUGAGAAGUUCCAAGCAAUUUAUCGUGACGCUGAGGAUGGCCGUAGUGCAGAUGGUGGUUUGGGUCUUCCUCUACAUGAACAGCCUCAUGCUCUUCACCUUCUUCAGUAAGCAGACAUUCUGGGGCAGCACACGCUACAUCCUGUUUGCCCUAACCCUAAUGAUGGACUCUACCUUCCUGCUGCUCUCUGGCCUGGUAGUGCUGCAGUCCUACUUCAAUGUUCAGAUUCCUGUGGCUUCCUGCAUCCCGAUCUGCAUUGUCAUGGAGGUUGUCACCAAAAACUCAAGGGUAAUCAUCGCAGCCAUGUGUGUGGAGCGCUACGUGGCCAUCUGUAUGCCACUGAGACAUGCAGAAAUGAGUACCAUUGGUAAGACUAUGGCUGCCAUCGCCCUCAUCUCUGCAGUUGGUUCACUCAAGUCCUUUGUGGACCUUUUCAUUCUCGUUGCUGUUGCCCCACCUGGCUACUUUGCUCUGAACGUCUUGUGCUUCUACGAUAUCAUGCUGCUCACCAAGUGGCAUCGCUACAUGCGGUCUGCCAUCAUUCAAGUGGACUUUGCAGUGUUUGUGGUCAUCAUAGUGUUCUGUUAUGUGAAAAUCAUGCUGGCGGCGAAGGCUGCAUCUGGAGAUAACAAGGAAUCUGCGUCAAAGGGACGACGCACGCUCCUGCUCCACUCACUGCAGCUUUUCUUGAGUAUGAUUGAAAUGUGGUGUCCCUAUGUUGAGGCUGUUUUUUUGGAAUAUGAUCUGGAGGUCUUCUUUACAGUCCGAUUCUUCAAUUUUGUGGCUUUCACCAUCAUCUCAAGGGCCCUCAGUUCACUUAUCUACGGUCUUAGGGAUCAAAAGUUUUUCACUGCAUUGGUAUUUUAUGCAGGCUGCAAACAGAAUCGUAUCUCUCUAGAAAUAUAGCAAUUCAGAGACUCAUCUGGGGUAAAACUGCAACAUCAAAGGACACUUUGUUUCUUGAUCAUGACCGUUACAAAAAAACUCAUAUACAAAAAAGACCCCAUACACAAAGAAGACCCAAACAUAAAACAGAAAAUAGUUUAA